UCCAGAAUUGACCUUUUACUUCAUCGGUUCAUCCUCGCCGGCUCGCCCUUUGUUACAGUCGUUCUUCUUUUGUCAGAGUCCCAGAACUUGCCACUUCAGACAGAAGCUUUGACAAAUACGCAACCGCAUCCACCAUCCAGGAAAUAGAAACCAGUCAUAGAAGAGCCAAGAAAUACGGAAACAGAAGAAAGAGGAAAUGGUUUCGGACACGGAACUCGUGGAAAGGCUUCGUGAAUUCCUUCAGACGUCGGACCUGAGCACGACCACCACUGCUAUUGUACGCCGGAAACUUGAACAAGAUUUCGGAAUCGAUUUAUCGGACAAGAAGGUAUUUAUAAGAGAACAAGUCGAUCUCUUUCUUCAAAGUCAGUUCGACAAAGCCGAAGAAGAGGGAGGAGAAGAUGAAAAGGAAGAGGAAGAAGCCAAGCCAAAAACAAAAUCUGAAGAAAGCAAUAGCUCCGAUUCCGAGGGUGACGACGAAAGCGGAGAUGAAGAAGAAGAAGAAGAAGAGACAGGCAAUGGAAAGGGCAGCCGGAAAAAAUCCAGAUCAAACAAGCUUAGCAAAGAGGUAAAAAAAAGAGGAGGUGGGUUUACCAAAUUAUGCACUCUUUCUCCUCAACUUAAGAAAUUUGUUGGAGUACCUGAAAUGGCCAGAACUGAGGUUGUCAAGCAGCUAUGGGUAUACAUCCGGGAGAAGAAUUUGCAAGAUCCAAACAACAAAAGAAAUAUAAUGUGUGAUGAAAAAUUGCGCUCCCUUUUUGGUGUUGAUUCCAUCAAUAUGUUUCAAAUGAACAAGGCUCUGUCUAAGCAUAUUGGACCAUUGGAUACAGAAGAUGCUCCAGUUAAGUCAACACAAAAGGAAAAGCAAAGGAAACAAGAGAGAAAAGAAGAUACAAAUGAGCCAAAACAGAAGGAGAAACGACAGAAAGGAGGGAAUUCAGGCUUCCUUGCUCCCCUUCCACUUUCAGGUGCUCUGGUUAAGUUCCUUGGUACUGGUGAGAAUUCCUUGUCACGGGCUAGUGUUGUAAAGAGAAUGUGGGAGUACAUAAAACAAAACAAUUUACAGGAUCCAUCUGAUAAGAGGAGAAUAAUAUGUGACGAGAAGCUGAAAGAACUUUUUGAGGUUGACUCUUUCAAUGGUUUCACAGUUCUAAAGCUACUGGCAGCUCAUUUCGUAAAGACAUAACUAUGCACUUGAAAGCGAAAGUUUCUCUUCAACCACAUGAAAGGAAGUCAGCUACUGCAUAAGAGCCAUACAGGAACCCAGAGAUGAUAGACUGAAACAGGUGGCUUCUUAGCUUUCUUUAUUAUGGCAAAGUGUGAUAUCUAUUGGCUUCAAGCAGCCUUCAUAAUUUAGAGAUGCUUGAAUCCGAUUCUUGGUGCCUCUUUCUCUUGUAUAUUCUUCUGCUUAAAGAGUGGUGAGAAAACCCAUCAUCUCUCUCUCUUUUGAAAGGUAUGCAACAGCUUUUUCCCUCUCUUUGGUACCAUAGAGGAUCAACUUUUGGAAGUUAUGGUCUUGUUUUCUUGUCUGUUGAUUCCUCUUGAUAUAAAAAGAGGACUUGUGUUACUGUACCUGAGCAGUAGUCAUUUGGAGCGGAUGGUGUUAGAGAAAUUUAAGGAUUUUUAUCAAUGAGGAGCAAGAAGUUGAUAGCAUCAUUGAUCUCAUUAUGGUGAGGGUGGCACAUUGGCUGUCGCAAAUGAUGAAUUUGAGGGUCUUGAUAGACUCUGUUGAGAGGUGUUAGUUGGUGGCUAAUUAUGGCACAAGAAACAGAUUGGUAGCACCUGACCCGGGAAGAACAAAAUUAAAAUUUGAAGGUCCCUGCCUUGGGAUCCCACAAGGCCACGACAGUCAGGUGUAGGAGGGGCAGUUAGAGAUCAUGAAGGGACCAUUCUGCUAAGCUAUUCCAGUCCACCAGGGGUAGGGAUUUGUUUGAAGGAAGAAUGCACUCUCCUUCAGGGACUGAAAUUGACUUAAUUGGCAAUCUGGGUUGGUUUUCUGGUAGAUAAGGACUGUCAAGUAACGUUUAGAUAACCCUUCAGAUGAUCAUGGAAGCAAAAGCUUUGACAUCCAAUAUGAACUUUUCAUUUGGGUGGAUACUUAAAUCUACCAAUAGCGCCUUGCUGACCAGCUAGCUAAAGCAUGGGUAACUGGAAAUGAACUAAUGUUGCACCAGGCUCAGGGAUUAAUCUCUAAUGAUAUGUAGUUUCUAAAACGAAUGGUUAUAUGAUCAGCUUUUGGAUGGUGUUUUAUUAGUCUCCUACGUCCCAAAAAUACAAGCGUUUUAUGUUUCAUUAAUAAAAUUCCCUGUAUGCUGUUGAUGAUAAAAAUCCACUUCCAAUGUAUGACAAUGCCCAUGUAUAAGUCCUAUGGCAUGGGUUGGAUCCUGUAGAAUCUACCUAUUUUCUUGUCGAGCAAAAGGUACAAAAUAACUCAGGUUGGUUUUUCAAUCAAAAGUACUAUAUGGAAUCUUCGGUUUUUUCCUCUUCUUC